UUUUCGAUGUUUUUUCGAUUGCUUACCUGGCUUCUUUUCGGGGCUUUAGCGACAAACGGCGUGACAAGAAGGCGCAGGCCAAUAAUCCAACAGCGACUUAAUCCACUCCCGAGUCCCCGAGUGGCGUUCACGACCUAGAAAACAUCCAAAUAUCGGCAUCCGUUAAAAAAGAAAGCAAAAAAUCUUUUCCCCAGUUUUGGGGAGAGGCAAAUAUGCGUGUUCGUUCGCUGACAUGACGGAGAGCAUCGUCGCCGUCUGUGCUGCAAAUAGAAAGUGGCCAGUGAUGCACCCGGAGGAGGAGGAGGAGGAUGGUGGCGGCGGUGGUCGUCCGUCCGUCCGGAAUGUGGCUCGAACAAGGGAAGACCGUCAACUCGUUCCAGGUCCAGAACCGCGAGCGGUGCUGCACAUCGGUGUCCGGGUUCAGGAGGUUGUGAUGUCCGAGCCCAAGACGCCCACUCCAACCCCUGCUGGAGACACGUACAAGGGAUGGGUUUUCAAGUGGACAAAUUACAUCAAGGGCUAUCAGCGGCGCUGGUUCGUCUUGAGCAAUGGCUUGUUGUCCUAUUACAGGACCCAAGCGGAAAUGGGUCACACGUGCCGCGGCACCAUCAAUCUGGCCACGGCAACCAUCAGCGUGGAAGACGCGUGCAACUUUGUCAUCUCCAACGGAGGCGCCCAGACGUACCACCUGAAGGCCAGCUGCGAGGUGGAGCGACAACGUUGGAUUACUGCGCUGGAGUUGGCCAAAGCCAAAGCGGCACGCCUUCAGCCAGAGUCUGACGAUUCGGGCGACGACUUCUCCCAGUCGCCCCCGAGCGCGCCUUCCGGCCAAGGCGGCGGCGGCGCCUCGCAGAAUUCCGAAGUCCAGUCGGCGCUCCGAACGCUGGGCAGCAAGGUGGAGGAUCUGACCACGUGCAACGAUCUCAUUUCCAAGCACGGCUCGGCUCUCCAGAGGUCUUUGUCGGAAUUGGACACUUUGCGUCUGACGGGAGAGGCGGGAGAUAAAAUUCGUCAGGUGACGGAGAGAGCCACGCUGUUCCGCAUCACCUCCAACGCCAUGAUCAACGCGUGCCGAGACUUCCUGGCGCUGGCGCAGGCGCACAGCAAGCGGUGGCAGAAGGCGCUGCAGGCCGAGCGCGAGCAGCGAGUGCGGCUGGAGGAGACUUUGGAGCAGCUGGCUAAGCAGCACAACCACCUGGAGCGAGCCUUCCGCGGGGCCGCCGCCGCGCAGUCUAACGCCACCGCCGCCGACAACAAGACCGCCGUCGGAGCGGCGAAAGGCGAGGCCAGCGACGAGGACGACGAUAACGAGUUCUUCGACGCCGUGGAAGAAGCCCCGGAGUUCAUCACCGUCCCCGCCGAUCCUCACUUCCACAAGAGGUCGAGCAGCAACGCCAGCGGAUUCAAUAGUGAAAUUUGUUCAGACGACCAGUCGUUGAACGAGGAGCCGCUGGCCAUGAACCAGGAGUCGCCCUCGCAGGAGUUGUUGCCGCUUAAGAAGAGGCGCACGCGCAUCCCGGACAAGCCCAAUUACUCCCUCAACCUGUGGAGCAUCAUGAAAAACUGCAUCGGCAAGGAGCUCUCCAAGAUUCCCAUGCCCGUGAACUUCAACGAGCCCAUUUCCAUGCUGCAGCGUCUGUCCGAGGACCUGGAGUACCACGAGCUGCUGGACAAGGCGAGCAAGUGCCACAGCUCGCUGGAGCAGAUGUGCUACGUGGCCGCCUUCUCCGUGUCGUCCUACUCCACGACGGUCCAUCGCACGGGCAAGCCCUUCAACCCGCUGCUGGGCGAAACUUUCGAGCUGGACCGCCGGCGGGAGAGCGGUUACCGCUCCCUCUGCGAGCAGGUCAGUCACCACCCGCCGGCCGCCGCCCACCACGCCGUCUCCGAUCGAGGCUGGACCCUUCGGCAGGAAAUCACGGUGGCCAGCAAAUUCCGGGGCAAAUAUCUCUCCAUCAUGCCCUUGGGGACCAUUCACGCCAUCUUCCAGAAGGGCAACAAUCACUACACGUGGAAGAAAGUCACCACCACCGUGCACAACAUCAUCGUGGGGAAACUCUGGAUUGACCAGUCGGGGGAGAUCGACGUGGUGAACCACACCACCGGAGACCGCUGCCAUUUGAAGUUUGCUCCGUACAGUUACUUUUCCAGAGAUGUGGCCAGAAAGGUGACGGGCGUGGUGAUGGACAAGGAAGGCAAGGCGCACUACGUUCUGUCGGGCACGUGGGACGAGAAGAUGGAGUUCUCCCGGGUGAUGCAGAGCAGCCGCGGCGGGGAGAACGGCUCGGAGGGCAAGCAGAAGACAGUCUACCAAACCCUGAAAGCCCGAGAGGUGUGGCGGAGGAACCCUUUACCCGAAGGCGCGGAGACCAUGUACUAUUUCACCGCCUUGGCGCUGACCCUGAACGAGCCCGAGGAGCCCGUGGCGCCCACCGACAGCCGGCGCCGACCCGACCAGAGGCUGAUGGAGGACGGCCGUUGGGACGAGGCCAACGGCGAGAAGCAGCGGCUGGAGGAGAAGCAGCGCGUCGCCCGGCGCGAGCGUGAGAGGGAGGCUCUGGGCCAGCGCGCCUCCGGCCACCCCGACGAAGCUGCCGAUGAGGAUUCUAUUACUGAUCCUUCGCUAAAAAGCGGAUCUCACGACCUCUACAAGGCGCUUUGGUUCGAGCGCUGCCGGGACCCGAUCACGGGGGAGCAGGUCCACGUCUAUAAGGGCGGCUACUGGGAAGCCAAGGAGCGCGGCUGCUGGGAGGGAUGCCCGGACAUAUUUUGACCGCCUCGACUAGCCGAGCGUCGAGAAAGAGAAGGAGAGAGAGAGAGAGAGAGAAAAAAAAAAAAAGCCCUCGGUGGAUUCUCUGUUCUAAGAGACCUCCGGGAAAGUGCUCGUCGCGAGUAGCGCUUCCUUCCGCAUCCGUGUCUCAAUAACGUGCGAUGGAUCGGUUGCCUUCAUGAAGACUAUUUCCAAUUCUUCUGAUUAUUUGUGUCUUAACGUAAUUGUCGCUUGCCGCGUGAUGACGUUGGCGCACGGAGGGGGUGCCCUCUGUUUCUACUGUGACGAAAGACCGCGCCGCGUCGCUCCUCCUCGCCUUAGACGACCCGCGCUCGCUCGUCACGCGAGCGGACCGAACGCUCAGGUUUUAAUACUGUCUGAAGUCAAAGAAAGCCCGCGUGGUAUCGAAUCGACGGCCAGCGGACGGUCCGACGUUUUAGGUAAGCAGUGGCUCAAGCGAGCGCUCGCCUAAGACCGCCGGAACGGCCCGCUUGUGAGCGAUUCAAUGACCUGGCUGAAAUGAAUGAGAAUAUUUAGUGAUUUUUUUGUUUGUUUCUGUUCUAAGAGAAAUCCUUGUUUUACAGUGUGAAGAAUAGGCACAUUUAAAGUAAAUGCAGUGCUGAUUAAAAAAAAAAAUAUAUAUAUAUACUGUAUAUGCAAGCACAUUUUGACACCAAAAAAGUGUUUUUUUGUUUCCUUGCUGUUUGUAAGUGUACUUAAAUAAGACAAAUAAUCUAAACAUUUGAUUUUUAUAAGUAUAUAAUAACGUACAGAGAAGAGCGAGGCAUUUUUUCUGUUGUUUCACGUCACCAAAAAGGGAGAUUCUGCGCUCGACCGACGGAGACAAGCGAUUGAUUUUGUAUCCGAGACAUUUCUUUGAAAUCUCGAAUAAAUGCUGUCACGUGGAAGCCAGGUUUCUUCCGUACCUUCAUUUGGGUUACCCUAACCCGCGCCGGCCGUUCGACGACGGCAGAAGAGAAGGAGCCGUUUCCGUGACGAGCGGACCGUUCGGCGAGAAGCGACGGACGUCGCCGUCGAGGGACGCGAGCGGAAUCGUCGACCUCGGCGAUCGUUCUCAAUUUCAAUAGACGGAGGAAAAAGGAUCGGACGUCUGUCAACGGCAACGAAGUUCUGCGCUUAAUAUUUGGCCACCUUGUUUCAUAAAAUUGUAGUAUCCAUUACAAACGCUCCCCUUCACUUUGAAUUGGCACCGCUCUGUUGCUUUCAAAUGUUUCCGGUUGGGCCCGGUUGCCAUGGAGACAAGACGGUUGUCGCUCGGAGGCGCGUCGCGCGACGUCACCGUCGCUACAACGAGCGAGCGGAGAGAGGUAAGCUCAAAAUGGUAAAUGGUAGCGGAAUUUCCCCAAGUGUUUCGAGCGGAAUGAGCUUUUAACAAGUCCAAGUCCAGUAGUAUUGAGGUAUAGCGACGUGAAUAACCGUCGCGUAUGCCCUAGCGCGAGUUGGCCAGCGUGACUCAAAACGUUCGCGUUCAAUCUCGCUCGAUCCUUGAAAAUGUGUGGUAUGCGAUGAAGCGACGUGACAUUGUGUCCCGGACGUUUGAAAAGAUUUAGAUGAGACAAGUCGCUUCCUACCUUUGUACCGACUUGGCCUCGCCCUCCCGCCCGGCCGAGAAUGCAAUCUCCACUCGGCGGCGCUCUACCGGGGGUUACCUCGAGGGUCAGGAGGCAGAAAAGCAGGUCAGUCGAGUACAGUCGGAAGUUCCUAACGCUUAUGAAAGGCGGAACAUUAUUCCUUGGGCCCGUGCAGGACGCCUGUCCAAGCAACUCCAGAUAAA